CCCAUCAAAUCAAAAUCAAAUCUCUUCUUCUUCUUCUUCUUCUUCUUCAAUCAUGAAUCCAUCUCCAUCCAAGACCAAGAAGAAGCAAACCCACCAGCAACCGCAGGCACCGACGCAAGCUGCUGCAGGCGGUGCAAGGUUUCUGGGUGUUCGGAGACGCCCAUGGGGAAGAUAUGCUGCGGAGAUAAGGGACCCUUCAACCAAAGAAAGGCAUUGGUUAGGCACAUUUGACACAGCUGAGGAAGCUGCCUUGGCCUACGAUAGAGCCGCCCGCUCCAUGCGCGGCUCUCGAACUCGCACCAACUUUGUUUACUCUGAUAUGCCUGCAGGUUCUUCUGUCACCUCCAUUAUCUCCCCUGAUGAACAGCAACAAAUACAAUCCCUACAGCAGCAACAACAAGCAAAUAACUUCUCCUCAUCAAUCUUUGUUUCUCCCUCUCAGCCUGACGCAGCCUCCAUUAUUAAUAACCAGCAGGAUUUCAGCUUGUCACAAUGCCAUUUCUCCGACGAGUUUUCUUCAUUGGAUGGAGGAGACAUCUGGGGUUGCUCCUCCAUUACUACAUACAAUUAUCAUGAACAAAUCCCAGUCAUAACCAACGAUGAACUUCCUCCAUUUCCAUCUGACAUUUCUGGCAGCUUUUCGAGCUCAUUUGAUUCAGGCAUUCAAAGUGGAUGGAGUGAUACAAAUUCAUCAGGAUUUGUGGGGCUUGAAGAUCAAACUACAGGUGGAUCAUAUUUGGGGUUUGACACCAGCGAGUACGUCCACAGUCCGCUUUUUAGCAGGAUGCCACCAGUUUCAGAGACGGUACCAGAUGGUUUUGAUUUGGGUUCCUCAUCUUACUUCUUCUAAUGAUCAAGCUGUGUUUGGCUACUGUAU